AAGUGGGGUCUACACAACACAACUCACUGUCCUGUCUCAAUCUCAAACCGUGACUAUAAACAACAACACAUGUACUCUUAUUCUUACACUCACUUUUUUGUUUCAACAAUUUCAUCAUCAUCAUCAAUUUGGGUUUCAAGAAAAUGGGUUCUGAUCAAAGUAACAAUUUGGAGUUUUUGAAAGAGAUCGGUUUAGGUUCAACUAACAUCGGUGGUUUCAUCAAUGGUCAGUGGAAAGCCAAUGGUUCUUCUGUUACUUCUGUUAAUCCUUCCACCAAUCAGACUAUUGCUACGGUGACGGAAGCAACUGUGAUAGAUUAUGAAGAGGGAUUGCAAGCUUGUAGUGAAGCAGCCAAGACAUGGAUGACUAUUCCGGCACCCAAAAGAGGUGAGAUUGUAAGGCAGAUUGGGGAUGCAUUGAGGGCUAAAUUGGAUCCACUGGGUCGGUUGGUGGCUCUUGAGAUGGGAAAAAUUCUCGCAGAAGGAAUCGGGGAAGUUCAGGAAAUUAUUGAUAUGUGUGAUUAUGCUGUUGGGCUAAGCCGACAAUUGAAUGGAUCAAUUAUCCCAUCGGAACGUCCAGAUCAUAUGAUGUUUGAGGUAUGGAACCCACUAGGAAUAGUUGGCGUAAUCACUGCUUUCAACUUUCCAUGUGCUGUUCUAGGAUGGAAUGCUUGCAUUGCAUUAGUCUGUGGUAACUGUGUAGUCUGGAAGGGAGCUCCAACUACACCAUUGAUAACUAUUGCUAUUACAAAGCUAAUAUCUGAAGUUCUUGAGAGGAACAAAUUACCUGGGGCAAUAUUCACCUCUUUCUGUGGAGGUGCUGAUAUUGGGCAGGCAAUAUCGAAAGACAGACGCAUUCCACUGGUUUCAUUUACCGGAAGCUCAAAGGUGGGUGCGGAGGUACAGAAAACAGUGAAUGAAAGAUUUGGCAAAUGCUUACUGGAGUUAAGUGGUAACAAUGCAAUUAUAGUCAUGGAUGAUGCAGAUAUAAAACUGGCUGUACGCUCUAUUUUCUUUGCAGCUGUGGGUACUGCUGGUCAGCGGUGCACAACCUGCCGUAGACUGUUUCUGCAUGAGAGUAUUUACGCAAAUGUACUAGAUCAACUUGCCGGACUUUACAAACAAGUCAAAAUUGGGAAUCCCCUGGAGAAAGGGACUCUUGUUGGGCCCCUGCAUACUCGUUCUUCCGUGGAAAACUACAAGAAGGGCAUUGCGGCGAUAAAAUCUCAGGGUGGGAAGAUCCUAACAGGGGGAUCUGUAUUAGAGUCAGAUGGAAAUUUUGUACAGCCAACAAUUGUUGAGAUUUCUGCAGAUGCUGCUGUAGUUAAAGAAGAACUGUUUGCUCCAGUUCUCUAUGUUAUGAAAUUUCAGAAUCUCGAAGAAGCAAUUGCCUUGAACAAUUCUGUUCCUCAAGGACUGAGUAGUUCAAUCUUUACACAAAGACCUGAUACUAUAUUCAAAUGGAUCGGGCCAAGAGGGAGUGAUUGUGGUAUUGUAAAUGUGAACAUACCAACAAAUGGAGCGGAGAUUGGAGGAGCCUUUGGUGGAGAAAAGGCAACUGGUGGUGGUCGCGAAGCAGGGAGUGACUCGUGGAAGCAAUACAUGCGCCGUUCUACAUGUACCAUCAAUUAUGGAAGUGAACUACCAUUAGCUCAGGGAAUAAACUUUGGCUAAUCCUUACACAUAAAGAUGAUCAGAUGCAAUUUUCAAGUCUGGUUGACAUGGGCUCAAAUGGUUGUUUCAACAAGAUAUGUUGUAAAAGUGGCACCUUGACUUGAUAGCAUUAAUGUAUGAGAUAUAAUAAACAAAUAUCCAAUAAAUUGAGGGCCAAAAUUCUUAUUUCCUAAUAAAAAUGCUUUGUUUGGAUA